CUUGCAAUGCAAUUCUACUCCUGAGGCAUCUAAAGUUGUCAAAUACGAUCUGCUGACGUUUCACAUUUACAUGAAGUACUCUCUCAUGAAAUUUCAACAUGGCGGGAGAAAGUGGGAGAUUUAAAAAAGAACUUCAAAGGGCUUUAUUGGGUAUCGCACACAAAAGUGUUUUCAAUGCGUUGUGUGCGGUUAGUUCCUUUGAUCCGAGUAUGUGUCAGGUCGCGUGAAAACGACACGUUCUUCGAGUAUAUAUACAACUUCUAGAGUAUAAAGCUGUUUUCUGUGUGUUAAAGAGCUGUUUACGUAGGGUCAAAAAGUGUGGAUGCUUUCAAACUAUGAAUAUCCGCGGGGCAUAUCCAGGUUCCAGACAGGUUUUUCGAAGUUACAGCACGAAUAAUUUGAAUACAAAAAGCUAUCGCUGGUCAGUACCGUUGCGUGUUUCCGCCACAGACGAUUUCGAGCAGGAAGAACAGAUUCUCGUUAGGAAUACGGACAUUCUUAGGGGAAAAGGACCCUUAUUAUUGGAUUCACCAAGUGUAAGGGAAAAUUCCGAGCUCUUAGCUCGGGGAAGGUCGUAUUCAGGUCCUGGCCGGGACGUCGAACAAACAGUCAAACACACAAAAUCAUUUAGUGUGUCGAAAGUCGCGGGAGAACAACAAGAACACAGAAAAUACUCGUUCAAAAAGUUAUUUGAGAAAAAGAAGGCGAACACUGUGUCGAUUGUCGAGCACUCUGACGUAGAGAUCCCGUCACAGGCUCAUCUGAACAAAAAAAUAAAGUCUAAGCCCUUGUUAUUAAGAAGUCUAAGUUCAUCGUGUCUGUCUCUGGCUACCAAAUCUCGCCCUAAACUGCUCAGUCGAAUAUCAUGUCCCGAUAAUCUUGUUCGUUCUAAUGGGAAUGUACAAAGUUCUAAACCCAAUCAGAAUGACCGGGAAUCUGUGCCUGAGACGAAGCCCGAGGACCGAAUGCCGACCGGAGUAAAGAGUCGUUCUUCAAACGUCUCCUCUCGGCUGAAAGACAGCUUCAAACUUUUCAGUCGUAACAGCAAGGAAAUAAGCAAAAGAGAUUCGCGGACUCUGUUGACGAGAUUCGAGAUAGAGCUUGCGAUUACCAAGAAUGACAGAAGUAAACUCAUGACCUCGGUCGCUGCAAAGGACUUUGAUAUAAACGCGCAGGAUUAUUACGGUAAAACCUAUCUUCAUACAGCCUGCAGUGUGGGUAACUACCACUGCGCGCAAAUAUUGUUGAAUGCGGGCGCCAAGGUCGACAUGCAGGACCUGGCCGGGUUCACACCUCUGCAUUGCGCGGUCGUCGCAAAUCACGUGCCAUGUGCCGCUGUACUUAUCGCCGCAGGUGCAGAUGUGAUGAGCAGUACCAGGACCAUGCACACGGCCAUGACGCUCGCUCAUGAGGACGAAAUGAUUUUACUUAUUGGACGGUGUUUGUUGCUCCGGGGUACCCAAUGCCAGAUCCUGAAAGAUGACAACUUCUCUUUAAGAGAGACAAAGCUAUGACGUGUUGAAAGCUAGAAAAAAAAUUUGAUAUGCUUACCUUAACUCCAAACUAAAAUGAAAAAGUUUUAAAAUUCAUUUUAAAGCGGUUCAUUGAACUAACUAAAGUUGUAAAUUUUUUUGUAGCUAGUUCAUGAUUUUGUUAGAAAAUGCGUAUACCAUCAAAAA